GGCGGCGGCGGCGGCGUGGAGUUCCGCCGCAAGCUCCACUUUCUAUCGGCCGAGCUCCACCUUGACCCAUUCCCGCUCCUCGCCCUACACCCAGAGCUCCGCUCGGCGCCGCUCCCGCUCCUCCACGACUCCCUCCGCCUCCUCCUCUCGCACGGGCUCUCCGCGGGCGACGCCUCCCGCGUCUUCGCGGCCUUCCCGGCGCUCCUCACCUCUCCCCCGGAGGAGUCCCUGCGCUUCCUCUCCGCCGCCGCGCCGCUGCCCCCUCCGCUCCUCCGCGCCGCGGUGGUCCGCUCCCCUCGCCUCCUCGCCGCGUCCAUCCCGGACACCCUCAGCCCCGCGCUCCACUUCCUUCGCCACCGCAUCUCCCUGCGCCGGAGACCGCUCCCGCUCGCCGCCGCCCUGCUCCUCGCCUUCUCCGUCGACCGCACCCUCCUCCCCAAGCUCCUGUUCCUCGGCGAAGCCACGGGGCUCCCUGACCCCGCCGUCUGCACCAUUAUUCGCCGCGCCCCCGCCAUCCUCUCCUACGGCAUCGAGACCAACCUCACGCCCAAGCUCAAGUUCCUCGCCGAUGGCAUGGGCAAGGAUCCGGCCACAGAGCUCACCGAGUUCCCGCACUACUUCGCGUUCAGCUUGGAGGGGAGGAUCAGGCCCAGGUACGAGACCUUGAGGGUCAGGGGCGUUCAGAUGUCGAUAAAGGACAUGCUCACCAUCAGCGACGAUGAGUUCAAGGAGCGGCUCGUUGAUGCCGCACUGUCGAGGCAGAGGACGUGAACCUGCACUCAAGAAGCAGGGUAUCCGUGGUGACUGUACCGAAUCUGCUUGUGCAAAAUGGCAGCGCACUUGGUUUGGAUUCCAUCAAGAAGAUUACCCUAAUGCGCUGAAUGCCAUCAACAGGAACUUGGAAGAGUUUCAUGUGUUAAUCUGGAUUCACUAUCAACUAAAGCCCGAGGGCAAGGCUGAGAUAUAUAUGAAGGUUAUCGGGA